AUGUCAGACGUCCACCUCCGUGAGUCCACUGACACAAGCCCAAGACGAAAGCCAGCCCCGAAUGCAACAACCAUCCCAGUCCCGUUCAUCUACAAUGCCAGCGACGACGGGACAGACGAGAACCUCUUGGUUCUCCUGCACGGACUAGGGGACACCCACACUCCCUUCGGGACACUCGGCCGCACGCUGCACCUCCCGCAAACCGCGACGCUCGCCCUGCGCGCACCCGACCAGAUCCUGUUCAUGGACGAGCCCGCAUUCCAGUGGUACCCCUCCUUCGACCCACUCGGCGACCUCCUCACGCGCCCAAACCCGACGCCCGCGCUCGUCCUCCUCGACGCGCUCUUCGCCCACCUCACGCGCGAGUGCGCCUGGCCCCCAGCCCGUGUCCACCUCUUCGGGUUCGCGCAGGGCGGGAGCGUCGCCGCCGAGUUCGCGCUGCGGUGGUGGAAGGCUGAGCUCGAGCACCAGAGACUGGGUGAAGAGCAGGGUGUCGCGCGCCCGCUCGCGUCCGUCGUGAGCGUGUACGGCCCGCUGCUCUCGUACCCCACGCUCUCGACGCUCUGUCCGACGCCCGUGCUCGUCUUUCACCGCCCACCUCCGGCGGAGACUGCGUUGCCCGCGGGCGCCCUGGCAGCAUUCAAGAAGGGCUUCAGUCACGUCAAUGAAGUGAAAGUGAGCGCAGGCGACGGUAUGCCCCGCUCGAGGGGCGAGUGGGAGCCCAUCAUGCGAUUCUGGAGCGAGCAAUUGGGCAAGCGGCAGAUCCAGGGGCUGUACGAAGUCAUGACCGGCACUGCGCCGUGA